AUGGUCCAGGACGCAUUGACGCCUUUCUUCUCCCCGCUCCUCCUCUCCCACUCCUCCCCGCUCCUCCGGUUCCGCUCCUCCGUCCUCUCCUCCUCCACCUCUCCAUCCUCCGCCACUGCGCGCCAAGCCGCUUCAAACAGCACCGCCGGCACCGGAAAUGCCCCUUGCCCCGCACUUGACGCCGUAGCUGUAGCGCACGAUGCGGGAAGCGGGAGCGGCGGAGAUGGCGGAGAGACGAGCGGCGGAGAAGGCGGUUGGAAGAGCGGCGAGGAGGAACAGUGGAACGAAGCGCGUGACGUGCAGAAUCUGGCGCAAUUAUCGCGCUACACGGAGGCACUGGAAGCGAGGCGCAGGCGUAAUCAGUCAGACGUGGCUGUGGCGAGGGCGCUUGAGACGGAAGCGCGGCAGUGGAGGCAACGAACCUACCAGCAGCGAGGAUUCCUCUACGAGUUCAGCGCCUACCGCGUCAGCCCCUCUCGCUUCGUCGUACUCGCUAUAAGCGGCCUCAAUUUCACAUGGAUGACGGACGGGGAGGGCUGCAGAUGGGUGGGGCGAGACGGCAGCAGAGUGAACGGUUCAGUGUGGUACAGAGACUUCAUGGGCCCCAAAACUCAGACUGACUCGCUAGCAGCGUUCUGCCAGCUGUGGGGCAACACGUCCCGGGCAGGCGGCUACCUGGUGAUGACCAUGGAUGGCGUGGAAGCUGCCGUAUUCAAUGAACGCCCGGGGCAGCCUCUGGAACCACCACCGGACGCCUCCCUCCCAGUCCACCUCACGUGGUGCUCACAGCCGCUCUACGGCACGUUGGACGCGGGCAUGGUGUGGACCUGGGCGGAGUACCACCGCGUGCACGCCAACGUCUCCCGCUUCAUAUUCUACGACAUGGCUGCGUGGACUCCCGCCCUCACGGCGCUCUUCACGCCGUACUUUGCUGCGGGUGUUGCUGCUGUUACGGACAUGUCGGCAGGGCGGCGGUUUGGGUUUCGUGCAGGAGUGGAGUUGCUCUACUUUACUACCAAGCACCAGACCCUAGCCAGCAACGACUGCAUAUACCGAUCGCUCCUCACCUCGCGCUGGGUGAUCCUCCACGACACAGACGAGUUCCUCGCGCCCGUCCCCCCGCACUCCCUGCCCUCGCUGCUCGCCACGCACGCCCACGCCCCCUGGCUCUCACAUGGUGCUUUCGCCGUCGAGCCCUCUGUCUGCCAAGGGGAAGGGGGGGAGGACGCACCCGCACCUGCUGAGGCUGCUACGGUGGUGCCUGCUGACUCUGGUGGUGUUGUGGGUGGUGGGUCUGCUGCAGUGGAGGCUGCUGGUGGUGGUGCCCGGGGGGCUGGAGCGGCAGUGAACGCCAGAAGUAGGCACGCAGAGACAGCACUGGGAACAGCAGGGAACGGCACGGAGGGUGCUGAGAUGCAGUGGGAUGAAGCUGCAGGGACGGAGGCAAAGAGACGUGCCGUGCAGCUGCUAUCGCGAAUGGUGUUCCGGCACCCAGACGUGUGGUGCUUGCGCGACAGGGCGGAGGGGCAGCGGAUUGACUCAGAGCUGUGUGAGGACUGGCGGGGCCACCGGAAACUGAUUGUCAACCCGCGCAAGACCGAGACGGAGGUGAUGUCCAUCCAUAAGGCAUGGGAGCCCGAGAAGUACAGCGUGACGGAGGUGAUGUCCAUCCACAAGGCACGCGAGCCCGAGAAGGGCAGCGUGACGGAGGUGAUGUCUAUCCACAAGGCACGGGAGCCCGAGAAGGGCGGUGUGGUGCUGAACGCAGGCACGGAGCUGCGGCACUUCCAUUUGCCUGGCGUGGUCAACCCAGUCAACGUGCACUGCCAAACCCUUGUGCCGCCCGGGGAGGACCACGUGUGGUUCGUGCGGGACACCACCAUUGCUGACCAGCUACGGCUACUAGCUAACGCCUCUGCUCUGCAGCCUCUACCCUGA